AUGUCAAGAAGUUUGUUCCUUCGUAUUGUUGAUGCAGUGAAAGAUCAUGACUAUUACUUCCAACAACGAAGUGAUGGACUUGGUAGAAUGGGAUUAUCACCGUUACAGAAAGUAACAGCUGUUUUUCGCAUGUUGGCAUACGGUCUACCAGCUGAUGCUACGGACGAAUACGUUAAAAUAGGUGAGUCAACAGCAAUUGAAAGUAUGACAAAAUUUUGUCGUGCUAUGGUGGAAAUAUUCGCAGAGCGGUAUCUACGAACACCUAACGCUAACGAUAUUGCUAGGCUACUCUAUAUUGGAAAAAAACGUGGUUUUCCAGGAAUGUUAGGAAGUCUUGAUUGUAUGCAUUGGAAAUGGAAAAAUUGUCCAACAGCAUGGUCUGGGCAAUACACAGGACGUAGUGGGUCACCAACUAUUAUCCUCGAAGCUGUGGCAGAUUAUGAUCUUUGGAUAUGGCACGCAUAUUUUGGUAUGCCAGGCACCAAUAAUGAUAUCAAUGUGCUGGAGUCAUCUAAUCUUUUCUCUAACCUAGCUCAAGGUAUUGCUCCUCCCGCUCACUAUGUUAUUCAAGGAAAAGAGUAUAAUAUGGGUUAUUAUUUAGCUGAUGGUAUAUAUCCGAAAUGGGCUACUAUUGUACAAACAAUCCAACAGCCACAAGGUAGGAAGAAAAAAUAUUUUGCCAUGAAACAGGAAGCAUGUAGAAAAGAUGUAGAACGUGCGUUCGGAGUUCUCCAAUCACGAUUUGCAAUCGUGGCAGGAUCAGCACGUUUUUGGAAAAAACAUGUAUUACAUGACAUAAUGACUGCAUGCAUUAUUAUGCACAAUAUGAUAAUCGAGGAUGAACGUGAUCUUUAUGCACCAAUUCAAGAAGUGAGGGAAGCACCAACACCAGAAGUUGAUAUGAUAGCAGAUGAAACUACAAAAUUUACUCAAUUUAUUGCACGUUACGGAAAAAUCAAGGAUAAAGAUGCCCAUAUUGCGCUUCGUAAUGCAUUGAUAGAUCAUCUAUGGGAGGAAUACACUAAUUCAGAUAGUUAA